AUGGUGGCCGAAGUCCAGCUUUAUUGGAUAAUUUACAACAGGUGUAGCCUUGCUAAGAACGACCUCGUUGACACGAAACUUGCCCUUGAAGCCUGGCAGAGAGAAUGGAUGAGACUCUUUAACGAGCCCCGAUCUCAGUUCCUCCAGAUGGGUUUCCAUUUUGCUCAUCUGUUAGCAUACUGCCAAUCCCUCAAAUCCCCCAAGUCAGUUAUGCAUAGCUCCAUCCUCAAAGAGAUCGUUCGACACUCGAGAGGGAUCAUUAAUCUCGCUAUUGAUACAACGGAUGAACGUACCCGGCAUCUGACCGACCAUAUCUAUCAUAUUCUCAGCUUCUCAGCACUUACGCUGUGCCGAAUCGUGCAAACAUACGAGCCAAACCUGCGGGUGGCCAGCUAUGAAAUAGCUGAACUUGACAAUCUCGUGUUUGAGCUUAUUAACUGGCUCAAAUCAAUCGGCCCAUCAUGCCAUGCCGCUCAUAUUCUCGGCGAGAUUGUCUUGACGCAGUUUCGGAAAAUUCGACCAAACUUCUUUCCCACGCCAUCUAUGGUGCCCAACUCGUUGACUGAUGAUACUGGCGGUAUUUUUACAGAUGGAGAGCUAUCCUUACCCGCUGACCCUUCCCUUAUGUACUCUAAUUUUGUUGGUUGGGAAAUGUUUGACAUGGACGCUGAAGAAAGUUUAUGGCCUGAAUGGGCUCGGAGUGACUCGGAUACAGAUAGGCCAAUGUGA